AUGUCCAACGCGCAUCCGCAUCCACCGCCAAAAUUUUCGAUUGAAGAUUUACUAAAUAGCCAAAACGACGCGCUAAAAUCGGCGCUGCAAGAGCAGUUUCGACUCUGUUUAAAUCCGAUUAAGACUGAUGAAGCUUCCGGAUCGGACAAUUCUACCGUAUCCCCGGGCUCACCAAAAGCCUCCCCAUCCCCAAUAAUGUCCACCACUCUGGCGACUCCGCAACUUUGCGGCCCGUCUGCUUUAUUACCUCCGCCCGGCCAAGAACUCCCAUUCUGGCUAAUGUCCAUCGAUCAGUCAGCUCUGUUAAUGGCGCAAAGGAGUGUAUUCCCUCACCUUUGGGCAAAUGCCGAUGCGUUACGACUGGCUGCCGCUAGUAAAUCGUACAGGAGACGAAAGGCACGAACCGUCUUUUCCGACGCCCAGCUCCAAGGCCUCGAGCGCCGUUUCGCCACUCAACGCUAUUUAAGCACACCGGAGCGGAUAGACCUCGCCAAUAAUCUAAAUUUGUCUGAAACUCAGGUGAAAACGUGGUUCCAAAACCGACGAAUGAAGCACAAGAAGGUAGUUCGUGGCAAAGAUGGGGAACUACGCGAAAUCACCGAAGAAGAUGAGGUCUCAGAA